AAGUGUUCCGGUUAAAGGCGGAAGUAGAGGGUCAAAACUUGUUUUGCUCUCACUUGUCUCAGUAGAUUGUUGACAUAAACAUUGCCAACUUACAACGAAAACUGCAAGGCGUUCGCCUUCGUCCACAGGCUAUCGUUCUUAUCCAUCAUUACACAAUUGCUGAUUGUGAAUGCGGCUUGGCAUGAUUUAUCCUUAAGUCUUCAAAUUAAGAAGCCUGGCCGACCGCAUGUGUCCGAUCUCACUGGGAUCAGUAUUAAAACAUGACAGAGCUUCUGAUUCACUGCGGCCCAUAAAAUGGCUGGACAGUGUGUUGGUAGACACUCAAGAUGCCUGUGGCCCCUCCUGCUUGGAAGAAGGAACAACAAUGUUCUAAGUUUUAAAAUAAAGCCUGUCACUUCCUCACUGUCUACUGCCAAACCGUUGCAUCUUAUUGUACCAUCACGGUCUUCAAGUUGCUUGAUUUCUUUUAAACAUGCUGUUUUGACAAAGCAAAACCCAUUACCAGUUCUUCAUAUAUUGACUAUCAGAAGAUGGAAGAGGACUACUUCGUACUCAAAUUUUGCACACAAACCAAAGAAAAGCUCAAGGCUCACAACUAUUUAUUGCAUCUUCCUGGGAUCGGUUUUUGCCUUCAUGUGGCUUUUCAAUGGAUUGGCUGUGCUUGAUGGACAAGUUUCACUGAAGGAUGCAUUCAGUGUCAAGUCUGCAUCUCUCACUGAUAGUGAGUCAUCUAGUGAGGAGCCUGAGGAAGGAGAUGAGGAAGGAGAGAAAAAGAAAAAGAAAAAAGUUGGUUUCAGGGAUAGAAAGAUCAUCGGCUAUGAAGACAGGAUUCGAGCUUACUCCACACCUGAUAAAAUCUUUCGGUAUUUCGCUACCCUGAAAGUGCUUCAGGGUGGGGACUGGGAGGUGUACAUGACUCCUGAGGACUUCGUCCGUUCUAUCACGCCUGGCGUGAAACAACCUGAGGGUCUUGGACUGGACAGCUUCAGAAAAUUUGAUCCCACAAAGGAUAGCCUUGCUGACCUGCAUGAGAGUAAAGAAAUGAUGGACAUGGUUGAUCCCAACAGCAUCUUCUACAAAAUGGGACAGUCUGGACUCAUUUCCUUCUCCGACUACAUCUUCUUACUCACUGUGUUGUCAACACCUCCUCGCAAUUUCGAGAUCGGUUUUCGCAUGUUUGAUUUCAAUGGUGAUGGAGAGGUUGACCUUGAAGAGUUCAACAAGGUUCAAGAGAUAAUCCGCAAUCAGACAUCAAUCGGUAUGAGGCAUAGAAAUCACUCAAACACAGGAAGUGUUGAUCAUGGCAUGAGCUCGGCUCUCAGCUCUUACUUCUUUGGUAAAGAUGGCUCAAAGAAACUGACUGUGAAGAGCUUCCUGGAGUUCCAAAAACAGCUGCAUAAAGAAAUCAACAGAAUUGAGUUCAAUAGACAUGCUGAAGAUGGCUUGAUGUCUGAGCGUGAUUUUGGCAGUGUCUUGCUCACUUAUGCUGGCCUUCCAGACACUAAGAAGACUCGUAUGUUGAAACGAGUUCGCAGGAAAUACAAGGAAAAUCCAAAGGGCAUUACUUUUGAUGAGUAUUUGUCUGUGUGGAGAUUCCUGCAGAACAUCAAUGAUGUAGACACAGCCCUGAGUUUCUACCACCUUGCUGGCGUUUCUAUUGAUGAAGAAACUUUCAAGCAUGUUGCAAGAACUGUGGCCUUUGUAGAUCUUUCAGAUCAUAUUAUUGAUGUCAUCUUCACUUUGUUUGAUGAAAACAAUGACGGAGAGCUCAGCAACAAGGAGUUUGUUUCUGUGAUGAAAAGAAGAGUUAUGCGGGGGCUUGAAAAACCUAAAGAUACCGGCUUCGUGAAACUCAUCAACGCAAUGGUGAAAUGUGCUACUUCAACGCACAUGUACCAUGACUGAAUUUCUAAAGAUCUCCCUCCAGCAUUUUUCUAUCCAUUUGCACCACUGAGAUGUUACUCUCUGUUAUUUAUUAUCUAACAUUUGUGCUUUCUUAUAAUUUUUAACCUACUUUUCUACUUGCCUCUUGUGGUUUAGAGUGUAUCAUCCCUUAAAUGGCAGACGAUUCAAAUGACUUACGAUUAGUAGUUUUUCAAGGGUUUUUACCUGAACAAAAUCCAUGAUGAUCUAGAAUGUAAAUCCGAAAUUGCCUUCUUUUUCUUCUCUUAGCCUUUCAAGAGCUCAGGGAGUUACUAACUGUAAGAUAUUCUUUUCAGAGUGCCAUUGAUUUUUUUCAGAUUAGUUGAGGUUUAAAUUCGUUCAUUGAAAUAUGCUAUGGACGUUCACAUACAUCUUGUGUCUUUGGAGUCUGGUAUCAGAAUUGUAGAGGUCAAACUGAUGGGUUUAAUGUGUACGGCAGAUUUUUUACCAAUAUAAUACCUUUGUCAUCGAUGUUACAUUCUGAAUACAUUUUCUGACAUCAUGGUGAAAUCAGGGGCUCUUCAAAAGAAUGAAAUCAAAGAAAUGAACAUUUUUCUGCCCUGGGCAAUUUUUACUUUUUUAAAAAGUCAAAUAAACAAGCUUUAAGAUGUACCAGUAACUUCGUACGCUCAAAAAUUGACGAGCACCUGGUUCCACCCUGUCGUGACAUAUGAAGCUGUUAACAUCUGCUACCACUAUCUAUGAUUGAAAAUAGCACCACAUGUUUUGACUUUUUCUGUUUUCAAAUCUUAAUAGUGAACUAUGCUUUGCCUGCUCAAGAUAUACUGAUUUAUGCUUCUUCCCCGCUAUUUUGACACAUGCUUAGAUUGAUCUUGUUAGAAACAGUCUCAAUUUCAUGAAAUGCAAAGAUGUUGUGAAGUCUGGAAAAUGCGUAGUCAAUGACUUAACGAGCUCUCAUCUUACGAUCAGGAGUUCUUUUUCAUGGAUUUCUAUUUGUCUAAUUCUAACCAGUAAACUUUACAUGAAAGAGGUGUUAUCAGUUGUGAGUAAGAGUAUAUUUCAAAAUGAGCUCACUGCUAGGAUGUAGUUGCUGUUUUUAGAAGCCAUGAGUGACUAUGCUGACCAUACUUUGAAAGGUAUCACUAUUUUAAUUUUACUAUUUUCAAACACCAUUAAUGACUUUUAUUAAGCUAAUCAUUGAGAAGCUACGUCAUAAGAAGUGUCAAGGAAAUUUCCGACUGAUAGUAUAAGUGUGUCGAGGAUCGGGACAAAAGUCACCCUCAGAAACUAUCUGUUUCUGGGAACUUUCGGUUUUGUCAUUUGCUCUCGAUCUGAACACAUUUUCUGCUAAAAAGUGACAUUCCUAAAAGAAAUAAACUAAGAGCUUGUGAUUGAUUGCUAUGUCUUUUCGGGCUGCAUUUAUUUGAAAUUCAAAUUUGAAAAGGUUUGUGGUCAAAAUUUGCAGCCAGACUUGGGGGGGGGGGGGGGGGGGGCUUUGUGUUCGUGUCAAUGGUAAAAUGUCAGUCAUAUAUUGUUCUAAAUGUGCAUCGUCUCCCAAUUUUAGAGGUAUUCUUUUCUUUUCAUGUUAGCUCAGAGGCUCUACUUUUUAACCCUAUUCGUAUGAAGAGGGAAUUUACCCGUUAAUCCGAUCCGUACACUUUGCAUAGCAAUGUGUCAAAAUGAUUUUUUGAGAAAUACUGAAAAUUUCAAAGAGGUCUUCGUACUAGAAGUAUUCUAAAAUAUGAAAAAUACAACCCCGGGGGUACGAAAUGACCACAGGGAGUACGGAUAUGAUUAAUGUUUCAUUUUACUAUGAAUACAGUUGUCUCUGCCUUAAUGCAGGGUGCGCGGGAGGGCUCCAAAGAAUGUUAACUUGGAGUGUGUGUUUAUAUAUAUAAAUCUUAGCGGGCGGAGGGACGCAACUGUCUUAAUUCAUUGGUAUUUUAGUGAUUACUGUUACCUGGGAGGGGGAGGGGUGGGGCAUGGUGUGUGGAGCUCAUGGUUAUGUCUACAAAGGCAAUGAAUGAGUAGUGGAAAAAAAGCAGAAAGACCAACUCAUUGUACUGAUACACACUAAUAUGUCGGGAAUAGAUCAGAGGAAACUGUUGGGUUGGUGAUAGUCAAAGGGGAGCGUUCAACCAUGUGGCUUCAUUCCAAACAACAACUAUCGACUUCCUGUAAUAUGUUGCAAGUAGGUAAAAAUCAUAGGUGGAACUAGACAUUCUCAGAGACUUUUCGCUAGUGAUUCUUUGAACUAGUAUGUUCUUUGAGCUCAGCUGAUCAUUUGACUAAAUCAUUAAUAAUAUGGGCCUAUCUAGUGUUCUGCAGCAUUGUUGUGCAUCCAUAGGCUUAUUAAACAAUACAGUCACCAAAACACCAGUAAGAAAUCUCUCAAAGACGUAUUUCAAAUGACCAAUUAAAAGACAUUUCAACACACACACCAAGUACAUCGCUCACCCACUCCUAUACGUAGGAUGUGAACCCACUUUCAUUGUGUUGCGCAAUGAACAGCUUUGCAAAAUAUCCGGUUGUCUAGACUUGUCUUUGCUGUCGUGAGGCAUGCUGUCUUGGUUGUAAAAAUUUCCCUGUGUCAAGUUUUACUUGUCUGUGUGUUUUGCAGAUCAAAGCAUGUGUCAAUUUCAAGGAAGUCAGCGUGUGUUUGUUCAUUAUUAUUUAUUAUGAAUAAUGAUAAAACCUGUCAUAUGACAAAGGCAUAUAUGUUUGAGCGGAAGGUGCCUUUGUAUAGCGUGCAUUUAGGCAGAGACUACUGUAUCAUUAAUAAGCUGUUUUCAUCUUUGAUCUUUUGAAUUCAUGAAAUUUUUUUGGUGUCCCACCUCCUGAAUAGCCUAAAUUGGGUUAUUAAAAUUUGCUAUCCACCAUUUUAUUGAACUGCAAUUCAAGUUGAUAUUAAAACAGCAAGUACUAAGUAUGGUUAGAUUAAAACGAAUGCUGCUGCAAGUGGCCACGUUGAAGCUGAAAUAUGUUUUGUGAUGGGUAUGAUAUAAUGGAGCGGUAGUUGAAUGUUUCUGUAAUUUUACUUAGUAACUUGCUGUCCAGUUGAUUAUUUAUAGAAUAUUUCCCAGUUUUUUCACUCUAUAACUAUAACAAUACAUUAUUGAUUUAUCUAAAACUAAAA